AGAGUCCUCCUCCUUUUAUUCACCCGUCUCUACCCGAAUCUGCCCCAAUUUUCUAAAUUUUGGAACAAAUAAUGAUUAAACCCUAGACCCUUUUCAGCCCACUUCAAAACCCCUAAUUUUUCUCCCUCGCUGUUACUGAAGCAACGGUGUUUGUAGGUAUGCAGACAGAUCAGACGGUGACAACCUUGAGACCUGGAGAUGGCGCUGGUCCGCGCGGACCCAGAUUCUUUAUCUCUCGUUUUGAUUCUUCUUCUUCUUCUUCAUCUUCGUCCACUUCUGAUUCUCAAGCUCUACUCUCUCAUAGCGGUCUCAAUCCCGCCUAUAAGGUGGCAUAAUUCCAGUUUCUAUGGAAACCAGGUGGGACCUGCUCCGGCUCUAAUGAAGGCUGAAGUUCCAUGGUCUGCUCGAAGGGGAAAUCUCUCAGAGAAGGAACGUUUUCUGAAGAGAGUCAAAGGUAUACUUCACAAAUUGACCCGAGAGAAGUUUGAUGUUCUCAAAGUUCAGCUGAUUGGCUCUGGAAUUACAACCCCAGAUAUUUUGCAGGGUGUCAUCACAUUGAUAUUUGAUAAGGCUGUGCUAGAGCCUACAUUUUGUCCCAUGUAUGCUCUUCUAUGCUCUGAACUGAACAUGAAGCUUCCCCCAUUUCCAUCCGAUGAACCUGGUGAUAAAGAUAUCACUUUCAAGCGGAUACUUCUGAAUCUUUGUCAGCAGACAUUUGAAGGUGCUGACAACCUGAGGGCUGAAAUUAGGCAGAUGACUGCCCCUGAAUUAGAAAUGGAACGACGGCAUAAAGAGCGACUUGUUAAGCUGCGAACUUUGGGGAACAUACGCCUUAUUGGGGAACUUGUUAAGCAGAAGAUGGUGCCUGAAAAGAUUAUUCACCAUAUUGUUCAGGACCUUUUAGGAAGUGACAAUAAAGCAUGCCCAGUUGAGGAGAAUGUUGAGGCUAUAUGUCAGAUUUUAAAAACCAUUGGCAAGCAGCUGGAUGAGAGUCCAAAAUCAAGGCUUGUCAAUGAUAUCUAUUUUAGUAGGUUGAAGGAGUUGACCACAAAUCAACCACUUGCCCCACGUUUGAGAUUCAUGGUUCAUGAUGUUUUAGAUCUGCGAAACAACAACUGGGUCCCUGGACGUGAAGAGGUGGGACCUGUGCCAGCUCUAAUUAAGGCUGAAGUUCCAUGGUCUGCUCGAAGGGGAAAUCUCUCAGACAAGGAACUUGUUCUGAAGAGAGUCAAAGGUAUACUUCACAAAUUGACCCCAGAGAAGUUUGAUGUUCUUAAAGGUCAGCUGAUUGACUCCAGAAUUACAACCCCAGAUAUUUUGCAGCCAAAAUUGAGGAUUCUGUUUGCAUACCAGGGUGUCAUCACAUUGAUAUUUGAUAAGGCUGUGCUAGAGCCUACAUUUUGUCCCAUGUAUGCUCUUUUAUGCUCUGAACUGAACAUGAAGCUUCCUCCAUUUCCAUCGGAUGAACCUGGUGGUAAAUAUAUCACUUUCAAGCAGUUACUUCUGAAUCUUUGUCAGCAGACAUUUGAAGGUGCUGACAACCUGAGGGCUGAAAUUAGGCAGAUGACUGCCCCUGAGUUAGAAAUGGAACAGCGGGAUAAAGAGCGACUUGUUAAGCUGCAAACUUUGGGGAACAUACGCUUUAUUGGGGAACUUUUUAAGCAGAAGAUGGUGCCUGAAAAGAUUGUUCACCAUAUUGUUCAGGAGCUUUUAGGAAGUGACAGUAAAGCAUUCCCAGUUGAGGAGAAUGUUGAGGCUAUAUGUCAGCUUUUUAAUACCAUUGGCAAGCAGCUGGAUGUGAGACCAAAUUCAAGGCAUGUCAUUGAUACCUAUUUUAGCAGGUUGAAGGAGUUGACUACAAAUCAACAACUUGCCCCACGUUUGAGGUUCAUGGUUUGUGAUGUUUUAGAUCUGCGAACCAACAAUUGGGUCCCUCGACGCACAGAGGUACCUGGAGAUGAGCUUGGUUUGGUCUUCUGAUAACCUGGGAAACUCAGCAACUGGACUUCCUGCUGCAGCCCAAGAACUCACUUACUGGAAUGCUUGCCAGAAAAUUGUAUUGGGAACAUACUUUGUAAUAUAUAAAAAAUUGUAUUGGGGUUGGAAAUUUGAACAUACACUGUAAUGUAUAUGUACUCCUUGUGUAAUCUAAAACUCACAUGUAAUAGUAAAGAAAAUUGUAUUAAUUAUAUUUUGAAAUAUUAAUAAAAGAGUUUUUACAUCUA